CGUAAUAAACCGACAAACAACAAAUUGCAAAACAGAUACACAGCUGCAGGACCCUCGCACGAGUCAGAAGCACCCCACACAGGUCAGACUCUAAACGAGUAAGCGUCAGAUGCUAAGCGGCCAUCCCCAGCUUCCCCUCGCCUGAACUAAUGUCGGAACCGCGGACAGCUGAUCACUGCUACGGAAUGCGGCUGCCCACCCUAGGCAAGAGCAGCCUGCUAAACGCCAUCGCGGGCGAGGAGCGCUCCAUCGUGUGCGACAUGAGCGGCACCACACGCGACGCCGUGGACACCAAGGUGACGCUGCCGACCGGCAAGAAGCUCACGCUGAUCGACACGGCCGGCAUCCGCAAGCGCAGCCGUGUGGCAGACUCGCCCGACGGAGCGGAGCAGAUCAGCGUGGACAGGGCGAUGCGGGCGGUGCGGCGGGCGGACGUGGCGGUGCUGGUCAUUGACGCGGUGGAGGGCAUCACGCAGCAGGACUUCCGCCUGAGCGAGCUGUUUGCGGCCGAGGGCAAGGCGGUGGUGGUGGUGGUGAACAAGUGGGACCGCGUGGACCCGCGCCUGUGGACGGUGGAGAAGAUGGCGGAGAACGUGCGCACGCAGCUGCGGCACGUCGCCUGGGCCAGCGUGGUAUGCACCAGCGCCAUUUACGGCCGGCACGUGGAGGACGUGUUGGAGGCGGUGCUGGACGCGGGCGCGCAGCACCGCCGCCGCGUGCCCACCGCCACCCUCAACAUGGUGCUGCGCGAGGCCACGCAGUGGAAGUCGCCGCCCACGCAGCGCGGCUCGCUGCGCAAGGGCCGCAUCUACUACGCCACGCAGGCCGGCGCCCGGCCCCCCUCGUUCGUGUUCUUCGUGAACGACGAGAAGCUGUUCCCGGACGACUACCGCCGCUACAUGGAGCGCCAGCUGCGAGACAACAUCGGCUUCCCUGGCUCCCCACUGCGCCUGUUCUGGCGUGGAAAGCCCAAGCGGGAGCCCCGCGCGCGGCCACCGUCGUCCUCACCGACGGCGGCGGCAGGAGCCGGCGGUCGUGGCGGCGGCCGCGGCGGCGGCCGGCGCGGCGGUGGCGGUGGCGGCCGCGGGGGCUACGGCAACUGAGGGUCUCGAGGGAUGGCGGCGUCAGUCUGAGAGGCAGAUGCUUUGCCGGUGGUGGCGAUUGGUGGUGUUAGCAGCGGUGUAGGAAGUGAUUGGGGGGAUUGUCGUCGUGCCGUAUUCUUUGUUGUGGUCGUGCUGUGUUUGCAGCUCGUUUAGGUGUAUUGAUGGUUUUGCUAGGCUAGGGCUUUUCCAGGUUGAGGCUGUUGGCAGUCGACGGCAGGGGUCAACGGCCAGGGUUUCGGUACCGGCACCUAGCGACAUACUGCGAACUGAAGAUCUUGGAGGACGCUGUGCACCCUUUUCGCCAGUUGGCAGCGAGCCGCAGGAGGUGUAAUGCGCCGUUGUGGCCGCGAAUAUACAUGCGCCGGUCGCGUUACUGGCUCCACAGGCUGUGCGGCCCUUCUAAUGUAACGGACAUU